AUGGCACCACCAACGAAUCAUUUAGUGAGGUGCCGCGGGGGCGCUGAGGCUGCCCGUCCCUUCCACACUCCAGACUCCACUGCUGAUCCCACUCGGUUUCCUCUUUGUUUCCUACGGGUGCGCGUCGGCGCGGAGGACGAGGGCGCCGAGGCGGCGAGGACGGUGGGGCUGCCGGCGCUCGUGCGGGAGAUCCAACGGAUCGACACCAUCCGGCUCUACGCGGAAGCUACUCUACAGUUGGAAGCUUUGGUUGGCAACCUGGAAGAUGUGGCAUUUUCCAUCGUUAGGCAGGCCCCGAAGUUCAACCUAUCAUCCAUACUUCGAAAAUCAAAUGAAACAAAAUGGAAGCAAGGGAAGCUGCUCCAUGCUGUCGAUGCUGUAAGGGAUAUUGAGCGAGAAUUAGUACGGUUUCAGGGGAACUCUGAUCCGGAUAAGUUGAGAGAAAAGGCUGCGGAAUUGGAGAGGCUAUCGGCAGAGGAAUUACUCAAGAAACAAAUGGAGAUUAAGGAGCUGAUGGAGAAGUUAAAGGUGCCAUCAGAUGCUGAGUUGAUGAAGGUUGCUAUCGCUGACUUAAAUAAUUCCUCUGUUUUGCUGGAGGACCGCCACCGUGCACUGCAAGAGCUUUUAGUUCUGGUUGAGCCCAUCGACAAUGCUAAUGAUCUUGACAAACUUGGAGGCCUUCUUCCGUUGAUUUGGGAACUUAGCAAUGCAGAUGAAGGAAUAAGAACUACUUCAGCAUGGGUGCUGGGCGAGUUGUUUGGUGUGGGAUAUGGAGAUGUUAGCUCUUAA